AUGAUCGACGGGCCAGAUAGUACCAAUGGCUCAGGCUCAGGCUCAGGCUCUGGCGCUACCCGCAAGCUGCCCUUCUUUCGCAGCUCCAAUGGUCCUCUCGCACGCCGCCGCGCGUCUACAGUACACACCCAUCGCAUCAUACGGUCCAUGCUAUAUCUCCUCGCCUGGAUCUUUGUCCUUCUCGUCUGCAUUGGCAACCUCUCCAACAAACCAGUCUUGCGCAGUACCUACUUUCUCUACCUCGACUUAACAGAUAUUAUCCCCGUCUCCGUGCCUAAUGCCGUCCUUAUCAACUCCAUCGCCCGUUCAAUCGGCCUUCACGACUUCUACCAGGUCGGCCUGUGGGGUUUCUGCGAGGGCUACAACAAUGCGGGAAUUACCAGUUGCUCCAAGCCCAAGUCUCUUUAUGCCUUCAACCCAGUCGAAAUCAUUCUAGAUGAGCUGCUUGCCGGCGCUAGUAUUGCUCUUCCCAGUGAUAUCGAGGACCCUCUUAAACUGGCUCGGAUUGCCUCACACUGGAUGUUCGGCCUCUUUAUCGCCGCCGCCGUAUUCAACUUUAUCAUGAUCUUCAUCAGCCCACUCGCCGUAUCCUCGCGGCCCCCACAAACAAUCAAGCUCUGGGCCGCCGCCAGUACCAACGGCACACAAAUCACACCCGCCGGUCAACCUCCGCACCGUCGCAGGACUUUUAUCUGGCUGCGCUCGUUACCAAUGCUCUUCUUCGCCUUCUUCACCGCCCUCGUCACCAUCGUCGCAUCCGCCGUGGCAACCGUCAUGUUCGAGAUCUUCUCUACCGUAUUUACCAAUGCUGACCCCAGCUUGAACAUUCAUGCCCACGUCGGCACCCAGAUGCUGGUCUUUAUGUGGAUUGCCUCCGGGUUCAGUCUGAUCGCUUUCAUCGUCCAGUUCGGCUCCUGCUGCGCGUCCUGCUGUGGCGGCCAUAAGGCGCGCAAGCAGUUGAAGUCUCAGGGAAUUGACUGGCGCGAGAUGGAGAAGACUUCCGCUGUGGAUUCUUCGACUGGCCGUUCGACUUCUGUUGACCGGGAGAGACAACACGUCGAGCCUCAUGCUGUCACAACGGACUAG